CCUUCGCUUCCCUCUCCGAGCUCCCCCUCCCCCUCGUUCGCCCGCGCCGAUUCCGCCGUGGAACCCGUCCGCUUCGGCGCACAGAGCUUUCUCGGUGAAUACGUCUUCCGGUCAUGGCGAAGCAGGCCUACGCAACGAGCAGCCUCGUCGUAGGGUAUGCCCUGUGCUCGAGCCUGCUCGCGAUCAUCAACAAGUACGCCAUCACCAAGUUCAGCUACCCUGGCCUCCUGACUGCACUUCAGUACUUGACAUCAGUGGCUGGAGUCUGGACCCUCGGAAAGCUUGGCCUUCUCUACCAUGAUCCAUUUAACUUCCAGACUGCAAAGAAGUUUGCGCCCGCUGCGCUUGUGUUCUACCUUGCCAUAUUCACAAAUACACAUCUCCUGAAGCAUGCCAAUGUGGAUACAUUCAUAGUGUUCAGAUCGUUGACCCCACUUCUGGUCGCCAUCGCUGAUACCGCCUUUAGGAAGCAGCCGUGUCCUUCCAAGCUCACGUUUGUAUCCCUUGUGACGAUUUUGGGAGGCGCUGUUGGUUAUGUGAUGACAGAUUCAGCGUUCAGCCUCACAGCCUACUCAUGGGCAGUUGCUUAUCUGGUGACUAUAACUACUGAGAUGGUGUACAUCAAGCACAUGGUCACCAACUUGGGGCUCAACACAUGGGGUUUUGUGCUCUACAACAAUCUUCUUUCACUGAUAAUGGCUCCUGUAUUUUGGUUUUUGACGGGAGAGCACUUGUCAGUCUUCAGAGCCAUGGAAUCACGGGGUCAGAAUUGGUUUGAACUUGAUGCCUUUGUGGCAGUUUCCUUGUCCUGUGUGUUUGGGCUACUCAUUAGCUUCUUUGGUUUCGCAGCAAGGAAAGCAAUCUCUGCCACAGCUUUUACAGUAACAGGGGUUGUUAACAAGUUCCUCACAGUUGCAAUCAAUGUUAUGAUCUGGGAUAAGCAUGCGAGUUCAUUUGGUUUGGUUUGCUUGCUCUUCACUCUGGCUGGUGGGGUACUCUAUCAGCAGUCAGUUACAACAAAAGGGAAUUCUCCAGUGCAGCGUGAGGCUGUAGUUAAGCAAGGGAACGGUGAAGAUACUGAAGUUGAGUUAGAUGAGAAGCAAAUCCAGGUGUCAUCUCCAAAGGACUCAAAUGUCUGAACUACAAUGUUUCCAACUGAUACCCAGUUUUCUUCUUUUGUUUGGAUAGGCAUCAUAUGCUUCAAGGUUAUCAUAAUCAUAUCCUACAGGAAAUUCAAGAUGUAGUAUUGCUGUAGAAGGGUGCCUGCCCUCAUAUUACAGUUACACUUUUACUUAGGAUCUUAGAUGUGUUCAUGUCCCUUAUUGUUCUUUAAUUACCCAUGUAGUUUUGAUAGGUUGAGUUGUUUUCUUCAUGAAAGUGCCAUUACUUUUUAUAGAGGUGUUUUCUAUUGUUUAUGGGAUUGCUUAGUGCUCCCCUCAUCAAUAUACAACUGCAAUGGUUAAUCAUUUUCAGCCUAGAAAACCACAUGCUUAGACGCAAAUAUCAAUACUAUAUUUUCUUGUCUAAAGGUCAUCUCCUUUCUGACAUUGUAUUUGUAUACCUAUUGAAGUGAUGAGAAUACUAUUUCUGGGCUGUUCAAAUGCCAAUCAUCUAGUGUUUCAAUAUGCAUACUUCCU